UUCCAGGUCAUCUAUAAGCGUGUCGAGGAGUGGCAGGACAAGCUGCCCUGGUUCAAGGUGCUGGCCCAUGGCACAAACGAGGAGAUCGACAGCACUUUUGCGCAGGCGCCCGGCCGGCUGUUUUUAGGACUGAUGUGCGAGUAUCGCUGUGCUCUUUAUGUGCAUGAUCAAGGAUACGUGGCUGCCAUCCGCCCGCGCCAUGACCGCCAAGGAGGAAGAGACGCUGGUGUGGGCACGCUCGCAGGCCGUGAUGUCUGCACGCCUGGUGCAUCGUGUGGUGCCGCUGAUCCGGCGCACGCAGCUGCGCGUCAUCAACCCAUUCGUCUCGUGCAUCGUGUUCCAAGCCUGCAUCGUCAGCAUGUACUCGUGCGCCUGGCAGUCCGACCCCAAGCACACAAUGGAUGCCAUUGACCAUGUACAGAACGGCCUAGAGUACCUCGAGUAUGUAACCCCACGGUGGGGCUUUGCCAGCGUCAUGUCGAUGUCCCUGCGCACGCUGAUUGUCGACCGCGGAUUUAGCAGUGGCGGCGAGCAGAGAGGCAGGAGAGACAAAAGCGAGACGGACAAUCCGGCCGCUGCCAUCGCAAAGGCCGUCGAUCGCAUGCACAUGUCAGUAAGGAGAGAGAAGGAGGCGCAUCCGGAGCGUCCGUUUAUGCCGACUCCGCACUUUGACAUCUACCAUGCCAUGGGGCAGACCAAGUUGCACCAGGUGCAGGAUGCAGCAAUACCUGGCGACCCGAUUCCUGAGGACGAUGAGGCCGCGCAGUGGGAGCGGAUCCUACGCACCAGCAGCAUUCCUGAUGCAAACAACCAAUAGGUGUCUUUUUUUCGCUAGAGCCAAUCCAACAGUCAGGCAAGAGCUGAUCCUCAUCAUGGGGCUGUCGCGUAUAAGCAAGAUUUCACCUGAAAGUAAAAUCGCACAGGCACCAGCCUGUUUGACGGGAUGCGGGGCUCUCUCGAAUGCAUGUGGUGCUUGCUGGUAGAUUUAUUUUCAGCAGACUCGUCCUAUGCAUCCGAGAGACCGCUGCUUGAGCGCUAAUCCCUUUUGGAUAGAUCUUUACCUCUCUAUGUGACUUUAUAGUCCAAAAGUGUCCGACUGUCCGCUAGAACCUUGUUAAUUAGUUGAA